AAGUAUAAGUACGAAAAAGCGAUGGUACUCAGCCUCGACUAGAGCAUUCACUGUGGGGGCAAGAUCCAGCAGCGAAGCAGGACCUGUGAAGCACAUCAUCACUCAUCAUGGCUGAGAUCGAAACAGAGGAAAUGAACGAGAUCAAGGAGGCGUUCCUCGUCUUUGACAGGAAGGGAGAUGAUAAGAUCGACAUCGGUGACGUGGGCAACCUGCUUCGCGCCCUAAACCUGAACCCCACCAACCUGACCGUCAAGAAGGUCACCGACGGCGCCGUCGCAGGCUCCAAGAGAAUUGCUGUCGAGGAUUUCUUGCCCAUGUACACGCAAGCAAAGGAAGUGAAAGACGUAGGAACGUACGCAGACUUCUACGAAGGCCUGAAGGUGUACGACAAGGAGGAGAAGGAAAUGAUCUUGGGAGCUGAGUUGCAACACGUGCUACAGACACUAGGCGAGCGGCUGACGGACAAAGAGGCUGAGGACAUCUUGAAGGGACUGGAAGACUCAGAUGGAAACGUUUCUAUCGACGCAUUCAUCAAUCACAUCAUGGCACCACCCCCGGGCCAAAAGAAGAAGGAUGACUGGUAAACGUGACGUCACCACACGCCAACACAAACAUCUCGUCUCUCUGAUCGUCCUCGUGUAUUUUUAAUUUUAUUGGGUGUGGGUUCUGCAGAAUCGCAUAUCUGUGUGCAUAUUUUGAGUUUAUGAUAAUUGAAAAUUUAGCUGUUAUGUGAGAGGGAGGAAAGUGAACUUAUUUAUCCAACCGUUGAUCCAUGCUCGCUGAUGGGCGUGCGGCACUGGUCCACCCAGCGUUACGGCCGCUAGUGGCACGCUACCGACUGCUAGGCAGAGGCAAGAACUUAGAUAACGGUGCACACAGAUCCGGUCGGCGUGCGGUUCCUCCGAGAGGUUGCUGAGUGUAGAUGGCGAGUGAGACAAGACGAACGAGUCAGAUGUGCUUCCACGCCCAUGUCUCUGGUCUCAGAGCGAGUCCCACUCAUCAUGACAGUCCGCUAGCCACACGCGGAGGGUUAGCUACGGCCAGGGUGCCCCCAGCCUAUCGUGCGACCGACAGUCCGCAACUUUCAUAGUCAUCCGUAUAUAGGCAAAGAAAAAUCAACGUGCACAGGUUAUUUUACUGGACCACGAUUUCCUGUACGCUACUGUCCUCGCGUGCGGUCCGGAAUAUUUAACUAUUGUAUAUGAAAAUUCCCCAUGUCUGUAUACCGCAAUAAAUAGCAUUUUUCGUACACAA